UUCAGGACAUUCUUGUGAGGGGAUCCAUCAAGGGAGGUAUUCGCUUGUUGACAAGCAGAACACUGGAGAAACAAUAUGUGGAGAGGAAAGGGACUCAACUGAUAUGACAUGAUAAAGGCAAGCGUGGAACAGAGCACCAGCUUAAUAAUAUCACAAGAAUGAAUCUGCAAUAGAAAGGAAAUAUUUACACAUUUCAUUUGAAUAAACUAUAAGGAAGAAAUAUGGCCAGUUCUCUGAAAGAAAAUCCUGAUAUCAUUGAUGAUGACAUCCAACGCAGAGUCCAGGCUUUGUUGAACAACAAACAGUCACACAAUGAAAACCAGGCAUCGUCCACAGACGAGGAAUAUAUAGAUGACCUUGAAGUGACCCUGAAAAAAGUACUCCAAGCUGAGCGAAAUCAUUGGAAGGAGAAGCUCCAGAGCUCUAUGCAGGAGAUAGACAAGCAGCACAAAAUGAUCCUGUCUGCACAGUCAGAAUUACAAGCUCUUGCUGAUGAUGUUGGUGUGGUCCCUCACAAUGAUGUAGAGGAUGACUACAGCAGCUGGGGCAGUUCAAAGGACCUUGUAAAAUGUCUCCAAGACUACAUACAUGAACUCCAAAAAGCCAAGACUGAGACGCUGAGAGAUCCACCACCACCAGUUGUUGAUCUGAAACUAAAAAGUGCCAUAAGCUCCCUGAAGAAGGAGAAGACUGAACAGUUAGCCACCAUUGCAUCUCAGAACAAUCAAAUCCGUUGGCUUCAGACUGAGCUAAACUCUUACAAACAUAAAGUCAGCAAGUAUAGGAAAAUUGUGAAAAAUUAUAAUGAACAGACUUCCUCACAUUUUCAUCUUGAUGAUAUAGAAACAUCAAAAAAAGUUCCUAAUCAGCAGAUUGAAAAACAAGGCGGGGAGAGAGUUUAUGUUGAAGGGGAACAACUCACAUAUCCUAAUCCAAAUGAUGAAAUUGCAUCAUGGACGCAAAGGUCCAAUCAGAAAGGAAGAGAUGCACCCCGAGGGAGUCCUCGAGCUGGUAUAAGUCAGUGUCUGCGAUGUCAGAAACUGUUUAAGCAGAAUGAGAACACCAAGCUGGCAUGUCGCUUCCACAAGAAGGGCCGUGAGAUCAAGGAGCAGUAUGAUGACUCUGGUAGACUCUGCAGGGUUGUAUAUAAGUGGGCAUGUUGUAAGAAGGUGCUGGACUCACCAGGAUGUUCUUAUGGGUUCCAUGUCUAGAGGAACAUCUACUGCACUUUGCUGGAUGAGGGUGACAAUGAUGACUUAUUAACAGAAGAUUGUUCUCAAUGUAAAGAAUAUCAUUACUUGACAUGGGCUGAAAAAAUCUGUUAAUGAAAUCAUCAUAAUCUGCUAUUUGUAUUUCCCACAUAAGCCACUAAAAAGAACUCAGAAGCUCCACUCAUAAGAAGAACAAAGAUGAUGAUAAGUUAUGAGCGAAUUAUUAUGCAUUCCAUGUCUAAUAUUACAGGAAGCAGGAGCAGGUUGUUGUAUUAUGGAUGUGUGUUGUAUGUUCUUGACCAUUUAAGGUUAACACACAAGGAAAUAUCAAGAAGCUAAUCAACACUGCUGUAAAAUUACUGGUUUGAUCACUG